CCUCUCUCUCUCUCUCCUCUCCUAAAACCCUCGCCUUUUUCUGAGACUCAGAGCGGCGGCGAGCGCCGGCCGGUCGCCGGCGGAGGAGUUGGUGUGGAGAGGGCGGGGAGAUGGUUGUCCGGAUCAGGCUGGCGCGGUUCGGCUGCCGGAACAGGCCCUUCUACCGGCUCAUGGCCGCCGACAGCCGCUCCCCGCGCGACGGCAAGCACCUCGAGGUCCUCGGCUACUACGACCCGCUCCCCGGGAAGGAUGGUGGCAAGAGAAUGGGGUUAAAAUUCGACCGGGUGAAGUAUUGGCUAUCAGUUGGAGCACAGCCAUCGGAUCCUGUGGAGCGCAUCCUCUACCGUGCUGGAAUUCUACCUCCACCUCCAAUGCUAGCUAUGGCCCACAAGGGUGGGCCUCGCGACAGACGUCCUAUUGAUCCCAUGACUGGGCGCCCCUUAGACCUUGAGGGUGUCACAGUUGUUGAUGAUUCUCAUACUCCCAAGAGUGGUGAUGGAGCACCUAACGAGGAGACAGCAUAGAUGAGGCAUGAUGAUAUAUCUGUUUUAGCAUAUUGUGUGGUUUUGCAAGAUUAAAAAGUACUGUUUGUGGCCUUUCUGAUGGGUGUUUGAGCCUGUGACUAGUAUGUUGUGACCUUUCUUGCUGACCGGCUUUAUUGAUCUAUGCUCCUGUCAUCUAUUCUCAGGAACACGAACCUGGAAACAUGAGUUGUUCUUUUUGAUAAAAUUUGUAUGUUGUGUUCCAAUGAAUUUUA